ACCUCAAUGGUACCUGAGUUUUAACUGUUUUUAAAUUUAGUACCUAAGUUUUAUUUGGUAUCACAUAUGAUACCUAAAUUAUGAGUAAAAACCCAGUUGAUACCUCUGUUAGAUUUUCCAUCCAACAUUUAACGUCCAGCCACGUCAUUGCCACAUGGUGCCUUAUUAACGCAACACUUGUCAUCCUGGCCACAUCAUUUACCACGUAACUGCCAUCUCUUGUUUGUCAUGCCACAUAUAUUCCUAAUUAAAACAAGUUUUAAUUAAACACCGUUUUCUUUCGAAAAUUUAUUACCGUGGGUUAAACUUAUUGAACGACAGAGUUUGCGAACAUAAUUUGAACAUUGCGAAAAUCGGUCAAAACUAGGGUUCAUCGUUCAUCGGCCAUUUCCCCCCAAAUUGCAGAACCAUCGGCCAUUUCCCCCCAAAUCGCAGAACCAACACCAACCAGAUCUGGUGCUCCGGUCGACCGUUCUUCCCUAACCCCAAAUCUGAAUCAUCGCAAGAUCAUGCCGAAUUUAACUUCUCGUGGACGUAAUUCCCCAAAAAUGCCGAAAAUCGUUGAUUCCUAAACAACUUGGGUACGACUGUUUCUUUCCAAACGAAACACCGAAUCUGCAGCAGAUCAGGCCGAUUUUUAGCUCCCUGUGGAUGAUACCAGUUGUUCCAAACGAGAUGGCAUCAAGUAGCCUACGAGAUCGGAAAGGGAAGGAAGUUUCUCGUGGUAUAGAGAAGUCAUCUUCUGGAUCUUCGUCGGUGACCCGCAGAGAGGGGUCAUAUUACUGUUAUUGCGAUUUACCUGCACCAUUGAAGACCUCCUGGACUACGGAUAACCCUGGAAGAAGAUUUUGGGGUUGCGCCACCUACAAUUCAAGAACAAAAUCUGCAUGCAAAUUUUUCAAAUGGAAGGACAACCCAACUUGUGCAAGGGGUGAGGAGGUCUUAAAAGAGAUUAUGAAGAAGGUUAAUGAGCUGGAUGAUGAAAAUGGAAACUUGGUGGCAAAGAUGAAAGACUUGGAGAAUGAAAGGGACAGUUGUAUGGAAAGGGUUAGGCAAUUGCAGAAGGGAGAUGAUAAACGCAUGGAAAUCAUCAAUUGUCUAGAGAAGCAAAAUGUCAACUAUAGGGCAAGAGCGAAAUUUCUGAUGUAUGCUUUGUCCCUGUCAUGGGUUACCAUGAUGUUGAUUGGUUGUGUUGCACUUAUGAAGUGAAUUGUAAAAGAUAUUCA